AUGUUCAUCUUGACCCGUCUUGACAUGAGUGAGGCCUUAGUUCAGGCCCAUGGCUCCUCCCCCUCCUCUCUCACCCUCUGGUUCUGUGGCUCCUCCCCCUCCUCCCUCACCCUCUGGUUCUGUGGCUCAUCCCUCUCCUCUCUCACCCUCUGGUUCUGUGGCUCCUCCCCCUCCUCUCUCACCCUCUGGUUCUGUGGCUCCUCCCUCCUCCUCUCACCCCUCCCCUCUGGUUCUGUGGGUCCUCCCCCUCCUCUCUCACCCUCUGGUUCUGUGGCUCCUCCCCCUCCUCUCUCACCCUCUGGUUCUGUGGCUCCUCCCCCUCCUCUCUCACCCUCUGGUUCUGUGGCUCCUCCCCCUCCUCUCUCACCCUCUGGUUCUGUGGGUCCUCCCCCUCCUCUCUCACCCUCUGGUUCUGUGGGUCCUCCCCCUCCUCCUCUCUCACCCUCUGGUUCUGUGGCUCCUCCCCCUCCUCUCUCACCCUCUGGUUCUGUGGCUCCUCCCCCUCCUCUCUCACCCUCUGGUUCUGUGGCUCCUCCCCCUCCUCCCUCACCCUCUGGUUCUGUGGCUCCUCCCCCUCCUCUCUCACCCUCUGGUUCUUUGGCUCCUCCCCCUCCUCUCUCACCCUCUGGUUCUGUGGCUCCUCCCCCUCCUCCCCCUCCUCGCUGGUAUGGUAGUUGGGUCCUCCCCCUCCUCUCUCACCCUCUGGUUCUGUGGCUCCUCCCCCUCCUCUCACCCUCUGGUUCUGUGGCUCCUCCCCCUCCUCCCCCUCCUCGCUGGUAUGGUUCUGUGGCUCCUCCCCCUCUCUCACCCUCUGGUUCUGUGGCUCCUCCCCCUCCUCUCUCACCCUCUGGUUCUGUGGCUCCUCCCCCUCCUCGCUGGUAUGGUAGUUGGGUCCUCCCCCUCCUCCCCCUCCUCCCCCUCCUCUCUCACCCUCUGGUUCUGUGGCUCCUCCCCCUCCUCUCUCACCCUCUGGUUCUGUGGCUCCUCCCCCUCCUCUCUCACCCUCUGGUUCUGUGGCUCCUCCCCCUCCUCGCCGGUAUGGUAGUUGGGUCCUCCCCCUCCUCUCUCACCCUCUGGUUCUGUGGCUCCUCCCCCUCCUCUCUCACCCUCUGGUUCUGUGGCUCCUCCCCCUCCUCCCCCUCCUCGCUGGUAUGGUAG